GUUUUGACCAUUCCAAUUGGCCCCCUCACUCUCAUAUUCCAUACAACAAGCAAAAAGCUCGAAAGGAAAAGAAAAAAAAAAAAAAAUCCACAAUCUGUAAGGAACGGACUCGAGUUCCCUGGCUGGAUCAGACUCAAAUCAGUAGGCAUGAUGCUGGAUCUAGGUCCGUUCUCGGACGAGAAAUUCGACCCGAAGAAAUGGAUCAACUCGGCGUGUCAGACUCGGCACUCUCAGGACUCUCUCGACAAUCACCUGGUGGAUCUCGAGAUGAAGCUCCAAAUGGUCUCCGAAGAAAUCGCUGCUUCUCUUGAGGAGCAGAGUGCAGCCGCUCUUCUCCGUGUGCCUCGCGCCACAAGAGACGUCGUCCGCCUUCGUGACGACGCCGUGUCGCUCCGUGGUUCCGUCUCCGGAAUUCUCCAGAAGCUCAAGAAGGCUGAGGGAUCCUCUGCAGAGUCAAUAGCGGCCUUAGCGAAAGUUGAUACUGUCAAGCAAAGAAUGGAAGCUGCUUACAAGACAUUGCAGGAUGCUGCCGGGUUAACUCAAUUAAGUUCAACCGUCGAGGAUGUGUUUGCUAGUGGUGAUCUUCCUCGGGCCGCAGAAACCUUGGCCAAUAUGAGGCAUUGCUUGUCAGCUGUUGGAGAGGUUGCUGAAUUUGCAAACAUAAGGAAGCAACUUGAGGUUUUAGAGGAUAGACUAGAUGCAAUGGUGCAACCUCGUCUCACAGAUGCUUUAUCAAAUCGCAAGAUUGAUAUUGCCCGAGAUUUGCGGGGAAUUCUCAUUCGAAUUGAGAGAUUCAAGUCUCUAGAGCUGCAUUAUACCAAAGUUCACUUAAAGCAUAUAAAGCAGCUCUGGGAAGAUUUUGAAUCAAGACAACAUGCCAGUAAAGCCGCAAACGAGAAGAACGAGCUUGAAAGACUCUCUAGUAAUAACGAGUUUCAAUCAAAUUUGCCGUCAAUUUCUUUUUUCAGUUGGUUGCCAAGUUUCUAUGACGAAUUGCUCCUGUAUCUUGAACAAGAAUGGAAGUGGUGUAUGGUUGCUUUUCCAGAUGAUUACAGAACUCUUGUUCCAAAGCUGCUAAUCGAGACAAUGGGUGUAGUGGGGGCAAGCUUUAUUUCACGUAUUAACCUUGCUACUGGAGAUGUUAUUCCUGAAACUAAAGCACUGGCUAAAGGUAUAUUGGAUAUUUUAACUGGAGAUAUGCCAAAGGGCAUCAAGCUGCAGACUAAGCAUCUAGAGGCCUUAAUUGAAUUACACAAUAUGACGGGUACCUUUGCAAGGAAUAUUCAACACUUAUUUUCAGAAUCGGAUGUCCGUAUUUUAGUGGAUACAAUGAAAGCCGUAUACUUUCCUUAUGACACUUUUAAACAGAGGUACGGACAGAUGGAGCGCUCUCUCCUUUCCUCUGAGAUUGCAGGGGUAGAUCUGAGGGGUGCUGUUACUCGUGGUGUUGGAGCCCAGGGUAUUGAACUCAGUGAGACAGUGAGAAGAAUGGAGGAGUCUAUUCCUCAAGUUAUUGUACUUCUUGAAGCAGCAGUAGAGAGGUGCAUAAGCUUUACAGGUGGUUCUGAGGCUGAUGAGCUAAUUCUUGCACUUGAUGACAUAAUGUUACAGUACAUUUCCACCCUGCAAGAACUCCUCAAGUCAUUAAGAGCUGUCUGUGGAGUUGAUGUUGGUGAUGGUGUUAGUUCAAAAAAGGAGAUGAGUGUGGAUAAAAAGGAAGGAACUCAAAUUGCAAGGAAAGUUGACAUAUCAAAUGAGGAGGAAUGGUCCAUUGUACAAGGGGCUCUGCAAAUACUCACUGUUGCAGAUUGUCUAACAAGCAGGUCCUCAGUCUUUGAAGCUUCUUUGAGAGCAACCCUUGCUAGACUGAGCACUACAUUGCCCCUUUCAGUAUUUGGUUCAAGUUUGGACCAAAAGCAGUCACAUGUGGCCAGUGUUGAUGGAAAUGGGGAAUUGUCCACAGCAGCAAGGGCUGCCUUGGAUGUUGCAGCUGUGAGGCUCAUUGAUGUUCCUGAGAAAACUAGGAAACUCUUUAACCUUUUAGAUCAGUCUAAAGAUCCUCGGUUUCAUGCUCUCCCUCUUGCAUCUCAGAGAGUUGCAGCAUUUGCUGAUGCAGUGAAUGAACUUGUUUAUAAUGUCCUCAUAUCUAAAGUACGACAACGCUUCAGUGAUGUGUCUCGCUUGCCGAUCUGGUCCUCAGUAGAGGAACAAAGUGCCUUUCAUCUCCCAACCUUUAGUGCAUACCCACAAUCUUACGUGACUAGUGUUGGUGAGUAUUUGCUUACUUUACCCCAACAGUUGGAGCCGCUAGCUGAGGGCAUUGCUACCAGUGAUGUCAACAAUGAGGAAGCCCAGUUCUUUGCAACUGAAUGGAUGUUCAAGGUUGCAGAGGGUGCCACUGCUCUGUACAUGGAGCAGCUGCGCGGCAUUCAGUAUAUAACAGAUCAUGGAGCACAGCAACUUUCAGUUGAUAUCGAGUACUUGAGUAAUGUGCUUUCUGCUCUAUCAGUGCCGAUUCCUCCGGUUCUGGCCACAUUUCACACUUGCCUUUCCACCCCAAGGGAUCAGCUUAAAGAAAUAUUGAAAUCAGAUUCAGGAAACCAGCUUGAUCUUCCAACGGCGAACCUUGUAUGUAAGAUCCGGCGUGUGAAUUUAGAUUAGAAAUUUCCAUCUAACAAAAUUUUGAUUUUGGAAUCGAUUAUAGUCUCCUCAAAAUCGUUACCUCUGUUUGGUUCCUUUCUCAUCAGAAUUUGAUGUUUUGCAUGAUUUACUCUGUAUGAUAUUACGAAUGAUUCUACACAAUAAAGAUGUUCCCAAUUUGAGUGUA